GGGAAGUGACGUCACAGCGCGAUGGCGGCGGAUCCUCUAGGCAGCUGAAAGGGGAUUUAGGCCCGGAAGAUCCGAGUCCAUCCGCGGCGGGGAGAGGGCAAGCGGGACCGGUAGGGGCCGGAGCAGCGGCGGCGGCGCUCGGACUGUCCCAUCCGUCCCGUAUUGAGGCGCUGGGAGCGGCGGGGCGACGGGAAAGCGAUGGUGAAAGCGGGGCCGUGAGGGGGGCGGAGCCGGGAGCCGGACCCGCAGUAGCGGCGGCAGCGGCGCCGCCUCCCGGAGUUCAGACCCAGGAAGCGGCCGGGAGGGCAGGAGCGAAUCGGGCCGCCGCCGCCAUGGAGCUGAGAGUCGGGAACAGGUACCGGCUGGGCCGGAAGAUCGGCAGCGGCUCCUUCGGAGACAUCUAUCUCGGUACGGAUAUUGCUGCAGGAGAAGAGGUUGCCAUCAAGCUUGAAUGUGUCAAAACCAAACACCCUCAGCUCCACAUUGAGAGCAAAAUCUACAAGAUGAUGCAGGGAGGAGUGGGCAUCCCCACCAUCAGAUGGUGCGGGGCAGAGGGGGACUACAACGUCAUGGUGAUGGAGCUGCUGGGGCCAAGCCUGGAGGACCUCUUCAACUUCUGCUCCAGGAAAUUCAGCCUCAAAACCGUCCUGCUGCUUGCUGACCAAAUGAUCAGUCGCAUCGAAUACAUUCAUUCAAAGAACUUCAUCCACCGGGAUGUGAAGCCAGACAACUUCCUCAUGGGCCUGGGGAAGAAGGGCAACCUGGUGUACAUCAUCGACUUCGGGCUGGCCAAGAAGUACCGGGACGCACGCACCCACCAGCACAUCCCCUAUCGUGAGAACAAGAACCUCACGGGGACGGCGCGGUACGCCUCCAUCAACACGCACCUUGGAAUUGAACAAUCCCGAAGAGAUGACUUGGAGUCUCUGGGCUACGUGCUAAUGUACUUCAACCUGGGCUCUCUCCCCUGGCAGGGGCUGAAGGCUGCCACCAAGAGACAGAAAUAUGAAAGGAUUAGCGAGAAGAAAAUGUCCACUCCCAUCGAAGUGUUGUGUAAAGGCUACCCUUCCGAAUUUGCCACAUACCUGAAUUUCUGCCGUUCCUUGCGUUUUGACGACAAGCCUGACUACUCAUACCUGCGGCAGCUUUUCCGGAAUCUGUUCCAUCGCCAGGGCUUCUCCUAUGACUACGUGUUCGACUGGAACAUGCUCAAAUUUGGUGCCAGCCGGGCCGCCGAUGACGCUGAGCGGGAGCGCAGGGACCGAGAGGAGCGGCUGAGACACUCGCGGAACCCGGCUACCCGCGGCCUCCCUUCCACAGCCUCCGGCCGCCUGCGGGGGACGCAGGAAGUGGCUCCCCCAACACCCCUCACCCCUACCUCACACACGGCUAACACCUCCCCCCGGCCCGUCUCCGGCAUGGAGAGAGAGCGGAAAGUGAGUAUGCGGUUGCACCGCGGGGCCCCCGUCAACAUCUCCUCGUCCGACCUCACAGGCCGACAAGAUACCUCUCGCAUGUCCACCUCACAGGUAGGUGCAGAGCUCCCGGGCGGGCGCUGGGCCUCAGGCUACCCCGUCCAAGUCAAGAGCGGGCUGUGGUUUCUCCAGGGCUGCUGCUUUCCUUUUUUCCCCCCAUUUUUGAGAGUUUUUAGUCUCGCCAGGGUGUGGCGUCUUGGUUGCAGAUGAGGCUUCUCGGGAGGGCCUGGGAGACAUGCUGGGCCGUCAUGGGGCUUGUCUUCUGGUUGCGGGUGGCCAGUCUCAGGUCUCAGGUCCCCGAGGCCAGCAAACCGUGGGGGCUUUCUCCUGCUGUUUGAGUGCCCCGCUGCCCGCAGCCGUCCCCAGGCAGCUGACACCACUCGCCUGCUUGCGCCCCAUUGUGGGUGCCCCCGGCCCAAGGGAACCUUCCUCAUUCUUCCUCAUUCUUGCCACUGGCCAGGGAUGGAGGCCCGUAGGGACCUCCACGGGCUUCUUGUGAGACCCUCCCUGGUGGCAUGCCCUGCCACGAGGCUUCCCUUCUUUUGACGGCCUCGCCUGUCUUCCCUUGGACGAGAAGUACCCUGUUGCACAGCCCAGGCCUGGCCACGGCCGCCGCCUCUUCAGCAUCCUGCAGCGGCCUCUCCUCUCCUCGCUCUGGCUUCUGUUGUCUUUUGCGUUUGCUAACGUGCUCUUUGAACUAGAACAGCUUUCUCCAUAUGGAUCCAUUAUAUUUCUUCAAAUAGUUUUCUGGGUUGUUCGCCAGCAGGGGCAGGGUUAGUGGGGCAGGGCUGUGUUUCACCAGCAGGCAUCCUGGGGGGUGCCCAGAUCCCCCACGGGUCUUCCGGAUGAGCAGGAACUCAGUUCAGAAAUGCCCUGGAGCCUGGCUCUGGGCUUGUGGGGAGGUGUUUGUUGGGAUCACAGGAUGGACCCAGGCCUGCUGCCGUGAGUGGGGCUGGGUGUAGCUGGCUAGCCAGGAACAUGCCGGAGUGGGGAGCACUCUUGACCACUUGCCGUCUUUUAAUGAUUGGGGUUACUGCACGUUUCUAAUUCACUAAUAAUUUCACUAGAAACAGACCUUUUUGUAUAACUUCCUCCCAAAGAGACCAAAGAUGCAGGGAUUUUGGCUUCGUGGUUAUUUUGACUUUGUGGUUAUAUGAAUUGGGCUCGAGGGGUCUGGGCUGCAUCAUGAGAGUGGGUCCCUUACGUGCACACAACCCUGCUGUCACCUCCAGACACAACACAGAAAGGGUUUAACUGCUUUCCACGAGUCUGGCACUUGCGCAUCAGUUCCUGUGAGCAGUUCCCGGGAGGGUCUGUCCGUGCCCUCGUGUCUUGAUGCGCGGCUGGCUCUGUAGCCCCUGGACCAUGGUACAGGAGCCGAGAGUGCUCCCCAUGCUGGGUGCUGACCGGGCUUGGACAGCCUCGCCCCAGCGCUUGGCUGACAAAGACUAGGGAAGGGGCCUGAGUGUUUUUUGUUUGUUUUAAAGAAAGUAAAGUGUCCAGUGGUUUGGGAUCUUUGUGGGCAGUGAAGGUGUCCUGAGUGUGCUGAGCAGUCACAGCCCUGAGUCCAGCUGCCUCUUCUCGGUACACGGCCUUGGCGGCACCUGGGUGUGGCCGUUGUAGCUGUCAGCCCCCAAGGUGGCUGUGAGCAGUGUCUCCUUCCAUGGUGAGCUAUGGCAGGAACCCACAGCUGGCUCUUAGGCCCUCGUUUUCCAUAUGAGGAAAUACGACGUGGGCUCUAACAGCAGGGAGGAGUCUCCAGAGAGAGCUGGUUUGGUGGGUGUGUUCUCUCCAAAAGAAGCCUCUUGGCCUCUGCUCCUGGACACCCUGGGGGGCCUUCCUGAGAGGCAUGUCGAGGGUUCCCCACCUCCAGGGCGGGCCCCCUCCUUCGUCACCAUCUCACAGGAAGGCUUUGGCCGUGUGUCCUUCCUGCCAGACUCUGCCAGCACCAGCACACGUGGUGGCUGUGAGCAGCAGCCCCCAUUUUGAAUCCCAAGGGGGAAUACAGGAGGCUAAAUUGCUCUGAGCGCCUCACCUGUUUGCUCGGGUGAGCUGGAGAGACAGUCACCGUGGGCAGUGACUCAUCCCCGGCCAGUCUUCCUCCUCGGGCCGCGCUCUUCCCUAUUGUUUCUGCUCCUCUCAGGAGACCUUACGCCCUGUGGAGAUGGGAGGAGGCAGCAGGAAGGUCUCCCAGGGCUUGCUGGCCGUGGCUGGGUGUGGAUGGGUGGAAGACCACGUGGCAGCCUGCCUGUAGGUCACAGAGGCCCCCAUAGUUGUAGGACCCCGCCCCAGCCCGGACUCCGCCUGGGUCUGUUCCCUCUUCGCCCCCUCUCUUUUCGGGCUGUUGGUGUUCGGCCAGGGCUCUUUGGCUACAGUAGCCUGGGCCCUAAAGGCCAUCUAGUUGCUGAGUCUGUUUGGGGUUUUUACUUUGUGAGAAGAAGGCCUCGUCAUUCCAACAGUCAAUGACUCGCUUUGAUCAACCCCU